AUGGCAGUCCCUAAUGAAACAUCCAUCACGCGGGAGACAGCAACUGUUCCCCCCCUGAGGAUACUGGUAGUUGGUGGUGGCAUCGGGGGCUUAACGGCCGCAAUCGCCCUCCGGAAGCAGGGCCAUCAUAUCCAGGCACAGAUCUUCGAGCAGUCUCGACUGGCUGUCGAAACUGGCGCGGCACUCCAUCUCGCUCCUAAUGCAAACGGGAUUCUGAAGCGGUUGGGCAUUGACGCGCAGCAAUUCGGGGCGAAUUUGAUGGAGAGGCUAGUGGAGUAUACCUCACUCGGGAAAGUCGAGCGAGCAAUCGACCUGGCCGAGCCUAACAAGAGAUGGCAGCAUCAAUGGCUGCUAGCUCACCGUGUCGAUCUGCAUAAUCAGCUCAAGCAAAUUGCCAUGAGCCCAGAUGGCGUGUACGAAGCCAUCCCCUUUCGAACCGGAAGCCGCGUAGUGCAGGUCGACCCCGCGACAGCCACCCUUACUCUAGAGGAUGGCAGCCAGUUCCACGGCGACAUUCUGGUUGGCGCAGACGGCGUCCACUCAGUUACGCGUCGUGCUGUUCCUGGAGGAAAUGUCAAGGCUGCCUGUUGUGGUCGAAGUGCCUUUCGGUUUCUCGUACCGAAGCAGGCUGCCUUGGACGACCCUGAGACUGCAGCGUUGGUCGAACGGCCCGGUGAAUUAUGUAUCUGGUAUGGAACGGACCGUCGCAUUGUGAUGUAUCCCACCUCGCACAACAAUGUCCUGAAUUUCGUGCUCAUCCAUCCCUCAGUGGAGUCGAUCUCCGCUGAAGAGGCAGACGAGGGCUGGGGUCACUCAGGAAAUUUGCAGCGAAUGCUCCAGAUCUUCUCCAGCUUCGACUUGACAGUGCUUAAGCUGCUGGCUAAAGCUGACCCCAAGACUGUCCGGGUUUGGAAACUGCUAGACAUGGAGGAGAUUCCGCGGUGGUACGAGGCACGGUUAGCUCUACUAGGCGAUGCAGCCCACCCUUUCCUGCCACAUCAGGGCCAGGGAGCUGGCGUGGCUAUUGAAGACGCUGCCUCUCUGGCAGUUGUGCUUCCUCUAGGGACCCCGGUGGAAGAGAUUCCAGAGCGUCUUCGACUUUAUGACGAGAUACGCCAUGAACGUGCCACUCGGAUCCAGCAGUUCUCUCGGCUGGCCGGCCAGGACCGGACAGACGGUCAGUCCACCGCCGAUAUGUACGGAUUCACCAACUACAACUUCGGCCAUGAUGAAUGGGACAACUCGACACAGAGACUCCGCGAAUGGUCAUGGAAUCGCAUCCCCAACCCCUAUUGGCGCAUGCCUAUUGCGUUUGGGCCCAUGCCUGGCCCUCGCCAGAACCAUCUGGGCCUGCCUCGCAAUGGAACCAAGUCCACAUUUACGACAGCCUCCAUUAAGUUCAAAACGUCACGCACAGUUCUGCAGAAUCUGUUCCCCCCCGGCCGUCGUGGGUGGCGUUUCAGCGCGCCAGAUACUGUAGCAUAUGCUUCUUUUUCCAAAACCACGUUGAACAAGAUGGAAUGGCUUGGCGGCUCAGGGUACUCUCACAUAGGCUUGUAUGUUCAUGGGGUAGAAUACGUCAAGCAGGACGGCACCGUGAUCCGAGGCUCCUACCUGCCCAUCCUGUUCGAGUCCUUGACAGACCCCAUUGUAUCUGGAAGAGAAGAGCUGGGCGCACCCAAGCUUUACACCUCGGUGGAUAUCUACCGGCGAGCGAGCUCCUACCGUAUCCGCACGGGAUGGCAGGGAGCCCUCUGGGGCCAUUUCCUACUCGAGGACCUUAUCGAGGUCGAUCCAGCAUCGACCCCUGGCGGCUUCAGCGGAGAGGCUGACGAGGGUAUUUUGGCUUAUAAGUAUAUCCCCAAGACCGGCGCCGCAAAUAAAAAUCAGGCAGCCGAAGAGUAUGCCGUCUUCGACCCCUUCUCAGAGGCUAUGCCGGUUCCCCGUCCGCACCGGGUGUGGACAUCCUCCAAGGCUAGCUUCCAGAUCGAUCCGUUGAAUUGGGAGCAAUUGCCUACGCUUCAUCAUGUGAUAUCAAGACUCGCGGAGCUGCCGGUGUACGAAAUCGUGAGUGCGAGAGUGGUCGAGGGUGAAGGUGUUCCGGACGUUUCUGGGAUGACGCCUAUUGAGUAG